CAAAGCAAUGAAUAAGUUAAAUGAAAAAUCGAUCAAUGAUGUCAUACUCUUGUCAAAUUUUUCAAAAUUGUUCAUUUUUAGUAUUUCCUGAUUCUUAUAAAGCUCCAAAUUUCUAGAUUAUAUAGUUGCCGAGACCGACAGGACUAAAUAACUUAUACAGAAGUAAGAUCGAAUAUUAUGCAAUUCAACAUGACUGGAAUGCUAUUUGGAUUUCUAUUGGUUUGCUGUCAAAAACGAGCUUCUGCAAAACCUACACUCAAAGCAGUCUUAAUGCUCACAAGGCACGGAGACCGAGCACCAAAUGGAGUUUAUCCCAAGGACCCAUAUUUAUCUUUCCGAUGGCCGGGCGGCUUGGGAGCUUUAUCUAAAUGGUUUCUCUAAAGAAAGGUGAACGGCAAAUGAAAAUGUCCGGUUCGCUGAAAGCCGCGAGAUAUAAGUCCUUACUAGGCUCUAUCGACAAUUCUUCAGUUAACGCUAAUAUAUUUGUGCUGAGCAGUUCCAUGGAACGAUGUUUUAAAAGCGCCAGAUACUUCCUUGACGGCUUCUUAACUGGCAAAUGGAACGAGGAUCUUAUAAAUGUAUUACCGCAUGAACAGGAUGAGUUUCUUCUGGUUAAAGGGAAAUCAUGUUCUCCAUAUUAUAAAACUUUGUUCAGUGGUUGUUCAUUUGAAGAUCCGGAUGUUAAGAACUUCCUGAAAUCAAACAAUAUUGGUUCUAGAUUUUUCAAACUUUUGGAGGAAAAGACUGGAUUGGAAAUGACUUCAAUAGGACCAGUUUUCUUGUUGGACGACAUUUUAUCAGUACAACGGGACAAUGGAUUCCCCCUCCCUAAAUGGGCCUAUUCUCUGUACGAUCAAUAUAUCCAUCCUAUAGCCAGGUUUGCAUUUGAUAAGAUGAGCUCAUCGGAUUAUAUGCAAAUUCGAAGCGGCGUUCUUUUGAGAGACAUGAUCGAACGUUUGGACGCUGUAACGUCGGACCCCUCUCGGCAAAAUAUAGUUCUGUAUUCUGCUCAUGACUUAACCAUAAGUGCGUUGAUGCAUCAUAUGGAAAUUAUUGAUCAAUGUGAUAUCAAGCCCGAGUACGGAGCGUGUUUCGCAAUUGAACUCUACGAGAAUCCAGAUAUCCCGGACGACUAUCAGGUGAAGUUAUUUUAUUUUAAAAACUAUGCUGAUCAGCAUCCUGCCGAAAUCAAACUACCUUUCUCCAACAAACUGUGUACAUUCAAAGAGUUCAAAGAUUUGAUGAAUCCAAAAGUAACAAACGAUUACGAAAAGACCUGCAGUGAGAGUAGAAGUUCAGUCGUUCAGUAGUCUCUCCUGAAAAUACAACGAGUCAACAGCGCAUUUGGGACCUAUUCAAAGAGAGUGAAAUGCAAUAUUUUAAAUUUUUGUUGCAACAGUUGUCGAAAUAAACUCUUUUUAACUAAAA